CCUAGGUAUAACAGGUACCUACGUGCAUUACUUGCCUACCGUAGGUAAGUACCUCCUAGGUACCUACAGUAUCUAAAUGCCUGCCUUAGGGUUCUGCGAUGGGGCUUGGUUAUAUUGGCAGACCCAGUAAAUCCAGCAUCAUCCUCUCCUCCAACCUUCAACCCGACAACCUUUUCCUCCCUCUUCUCCACGUAGUCGUUUAGAUCCUCUUUUCAUUCGUCCAGGGAAAAGCCGAGGUAGAAUCGCCACGCAAGGCUAAAUCUAUGUGACCCCAGAGACCGAUAUGGGGUUAGCAUUUGGGCGGGAUCUAGAGAAGUGAUUCAGAGCGAGUGGGCGGAGGCCAAGCUGGGCAGAAGGGUGGGAUAAAGACAGCAUCAUGUCACGUCCCCUCCGAUCCAAUUGUGACCGGUGUCACUCGCAAAAGCUGAAGUGCCCAAAGCAACUGGGCCUCGCUACUUGCACGAGAUAUCUCAAAGCCGGCGCCAGCUGUAUCUUCAGCCUGGCUAAGCCCAACGCUCGACGCACCGUGCCCACCUCGGCUUACCUAAGCAGCGAUUUGGACAUGCAAUUCGAUUGGCCCUCUCUAGAUCUCGAGACUGCCUUGAUAACCCCUCCGGGAGCUCCCCAGGGCGCCCAGCCGGCCGCGACCUACCCGGUUGGCCUUCUAGAUGCAGCCGACGAGGACCCCCGAUACGUCUUCGUCCACCAGCUUACUGCUUUGGCCGUCGAUAUCGAUAAAGUGUCUCUUGGCCUGUCCUCCAUAUCGCAAAUUCGUUGAACCUAAAACAAUUAGAGCAGGUCAAGGCCGUGCUGACAAAACUAGGCUUGAUGAAGCAGUCGUCGGAAAAAGAAGAAAAAAGGAGAUGGGAAAAAAAGAGAGAGCAAAACAAGCCCGCCACCGUCGCAGGUUCGAGCUUCGAGCUUGCGAGGCCUCGGGAAGAGAAUUUAGGAGGUAGUAAUGGCUAUCGCCAGGUUCUCGAGUAUAAGAUAACGAAUCCGCCGGUCGGCGAAAGUGAGACGAUGAAAGAAGGUGGUGGUAUGAUUUGCUACUUAGUAAUAAAAUAAUACCCUUUGUUAGGUUUGGCGAGGUCUGUUCCAUCCUUUUGUCUAGCGCUACAGAAUAAUUGUUUUUACAAUACUUCCUGUAAUUACCGCAUAGGAUAAGACCAGAAUGA